GUAUGAUUCCGCGUUUUCUUCGCUAGCCGAGUCGUCGAGGGACGAUCAAGGAGAGGUCGGUCGCGGUUGUCUCCGAUGUCCACGCUCCGUUUCGGUUCCUCCCUGCCAAAUCCCUCGCCUUUCCCUCUCCUCCUCCUCCUCCUCUCUUCUUUUGGCUUCCCACGGAAGAGAACCGAUCGAUCACGACGCGUUUGCGCAAUGUUCCACCGGAUGCCAUUUUGCGCGAGAGCCACUGUUGCGAGACGGCUUAGCAUGUCCUGCAAAGAAUUAAGGAUGAUUCACAGAGCUGGGAAGUAGUUCUUUCAUGGUGCGGAGCUUCAUGCUGUUGGAAAGUGAAUGGAAACUCCUGAUGUCUAUCCCUUGACUGGAUUACAGAUUGGGGACAUACAAUCCUAUGUUUCUCAGGCAUUUCUAUAUGUUUCUUCAAGAAAAAGGCUCUUUGUUAUGGUAGAUAACCGACCUUGGUCGGUGAACAAGCAAUCCAAGUCAACAAGGAUAUGGCAAUUAAUGGUCACAAAGUAUAGGAUGUCUCCAUUUAUGAACACCAGGGCUGCUCAAAAAACACUAGCUGUAGGAUUCAAGGAUGAUAGAAAUGAUGACUAUGAAUCUUACUUUGGGAAACUAAAGAAGGGAAAAAGAUGGCUCCCUUUAGUGGAUUCAUCUAAAUUGCAAGAGAAGUACUUUCAUGCAGUCAUGAGCUUGAACCAAUCUCUGCAUGGGUUUAUAGUAUUCGAAGUGGCAUGGAAAGAUGUUCAUGGUAUUAAUUACCUAAAUGAACUUCAGACUGACACAUAUUUAGCUCUAGAAGUCAGAACCAUGAGGAAGUGGGAAUUCUUUGAUCCUGAGCACGCCUCAAGUUGUAUAACUUUGUGGUUCUCUGAGUGCAUAUCAGAAACACAGCCACUAAAGGACUUUCUAAAGAAGUUGUCUGAUUUCGAUCAGCAAAGUUCUAGCUGCCAAUCUCCCACUAAUCAGGAAGUAUCUUCUCUAGAUGAUCCAUUUGAAGACAAUUUCUUAGACGUGCAAGAGGUUCCCUUUGCAGUAGGAGAUUUGAUUAAUGGAGAACUAUGUGAUAGGGAGAAUGCUGACGAAAAGAAGCCACUGGUGCGAAUGGGCAAAGAGGACGAUGCUUCUAUAUCACCUGCUCACUAUUCUGACACGUUGAUACUUUUUCGGUUCAAUGACAGUUUAUUACCAUUCAAGUUGAAUCAAAUCAUCAUGUCUGAUAUCAGGCUUCUAACUUUGCUUGAGUCUGGUCUUCCUUCCUGGGUUAUAUUUUUCCAGUCUUACCCUCUGUUCUGUUACAUUUAUCGGCCGUGGAUGCGGCUUCUGGUGAGAACAGUUCAUAUACUGAUAUCACUAGUUACAGUUCUUGUUGGAUUCUAUGAUUUGUACAAAAAUGUUCCUCUUCUAAAGGCCACAGCAGCUCGCCUUUGCGGCCCAUUCUUUGAUUGGAUAGAAACAUGGGAUAUGGUUACUAGGUUAAGGUACCUUGGAACAAUGUUUUUCCUCCAAAACAUUCAAAGGAGCUUGAAUUGGCUGCUUCUUAUGGCUCGUACGACCAAAGCAUUAGUAGCUGUGAUAUCAAAACCAUUACUUUGUCCUCUUGGAGAAAUCAUAGAGUUCAUCUCUCCAUUAUUGAAUAUCUUUGUGGAGAUCAGCGAGUUCUUUUAUUCAACGGUAUGGUCCGUGGUGAACUUGAUCUACACCAUGGUCACUGUCUUUGCUGAGGUUUUCUUGCGACCAUUUGAGCUUGUAUAUAAUUAUCUCCACACUACUGCAACUUUGCUUCUUCCAAUCUUUGGUUGCAUCUGGGAAAUAUUUCUUUUUCCUGUUCGUUGUUCUGUUACUUUUGCAACUUGCGCCCUAUCUUUAGUAACAAAAAUAUAUUAUUUACUCAAAGAUAUUUGGGAGACCAUCAGCAGUACUUUUGAGUUUUCAUUUCUAUCUGAGACGGAACAAAGUUCAUUCGAUAGUUCAGCGUUGAAAGACCUUUGGAAUGAUCUUUUCUCUCAGGUUUUUCGAGCAAUUAGGAGCAUCAUAAAUGGUUUCGCCGCCUUUUUCAUUUCAUGCAAUCGUCACCGCUUGAGCUUAUACAACCACAUAUGUGCACUGCCCCAGCACUUGACUCAUUCCGUCGACGUAACAUGGCAUCGUCAUCGUCUGUAUCAUCGUCACCGCGAUGCGCAUGAUCCAAAGCGUAGUAACAAGGAACCUUAUCAUGAAUGCGAUCACUGCAAGUAGAGAGAUCCUUAAUUUUCAAGUUAGUUGACUCUAUCAGAGUGUGUAUCAACUGUACUCGUUCUGACGUUCAGAAUGUGUUAAUAAACUGUGAAUGUUUAACUGCUUUUUUGUAACUUGCAGAAAGGAAAUGUACACUUGGUGAUUAAAUAUAAAGCAGAUGAAGAUUUAUUUAUUUUUAAUCGAACUGUAAAUAAUCUACUUAGGUGAUAUUGUUCCCGUGAUUUGCAAAAUCACGAUUAAGGUAGUAGGAUCGUAGGAUGGAGAAGUACUGAGUCGAUUGUAAUCGAAUUUUUGGGAUCAAUAUGAUUUUAUAAUCUUACCGUUC